CCUCCAGGUGUGCUUAUGAGGUUAGUCCUGUAAAAGACCUGUCAAUCACUCUGUAUAUUAAUACAGGAUUACAUUCAUUGUCAAUCACGAACGAACACAUACCUAUCUGCCACGGACCUUCAAGGUAGCAAGGUGGUCAGUUAGUGGUGUGUAGGAGUGAUAGUUUUGACAUUUUCUUUUUAACCAUUCAUUUUUUGCAGCUGCACACUAAAGACAACAGAAACAAAGAGAAAGUAUUCUGUGAAAUGAAGGCAUUGUCUGCAUCUUGAUAAGAGGAUUUCUAACAAACAAGGAGACUAUUCAAUAAUUGACUUUUGUAAAAGAUGUUCCCCUGGUCAGCAGUGUUUUCUCUGGAGCCGAAGGUGCCUGGACAGCGUACGGCAGAAGAACUGGUCACCAACACCCUGAUGCUGGAGCUGGGUGCCAUGGUGAAGCGCACCGAACGUAUCCGCCUGGAGAGGGUGACGAAAGAGGGCCGGCGCCGGCGCAGCUCUUCCUCCGCUGACUACAGCUGGCUGGCCACUGCCCCCACCCACCAACCCUACGAGCUGACCCCCCGAGACCUGAUAGAACUGCAGGACCUGUGUGCCAGGGUGCCACCGUCUCAGUGUGGCCCUGUCAUUGUUAGGUUCAGGAAUCUGGUGACGGAGAUUGAGCCGGAGGUUCACGAGGUGGCUCGUCUGUUCCGCACGGUUCUACGUGACUGUGUGGAGGGAGAAGAGGAGAACGAGGAGAUGAGGAUGAGGUCAGCCGGCUGGGACAAACAACGCAGCAAGAGCCUCUCCUUUGUAACCUUCCGCUCCAAGUUCCGCCCCGCUCCCUUCAGGGGUGGGGGCCUGGGCGGGUCACGUGGCAACCUGCAGGAGGAGUCGAGCUGGUACGAGGAGGACGAGGUGGAGCAGCAGGAGGGAGCAGCAAACGUGGCGAGAGCGGCCAGGAAGGGGAGGAGCAUGAGCAUGCCUGAUAUCACUCCCAUCGAACAGAGUGCACUUGGCUGAGGGAGAGAGCGGGAGGAAGGGAUGGACUGAGCCACAGUCUUCCCUGUGGCUCAGUUGGUAGAGCAUGGUGUGUGCAACGCCAGGGUUGUGGGUUCGAUUCCCACGGGGGGCCAGUACAAAAAAAAAUAAAAAAAUGUAUGAAAUGUAUGCAUUCACUACUGUAAGUCGCUCUGGAUAAGAGCGUCUGCUAAAUGACUAAAAUGGAAAAAGAGAAUAGGAGAUGAGAGAUUGAUAGGGGAGAAGGUCAAGAUGAGAUACAACAUGUGGACAGCUCACACCUCAGCAGAUUUCCACUGACUGUUUAGACAUAAUGCAGUUACAUAUGCAAGAGUAGAAUUGCAAGCUUAGCCAGCAGAUAUACAAUACUAUUUUGUUUUUUUAUUGUGAAUUACAUUUUCCGAAUGCGUUAACACUUGAAAUGCAUGUAAAAUGAACUAGAAAAUACAGGUCUUAUUUUCCAACAGAUCCUUGAUAAUAAAUGAAGUUUGUGUGUG